AUAAUUUUAAAGAAUUGACUUUACCCUAUUACACAUACUUAAACCCAAACUGUAAACCCUUGCAUCUCACUCUUCCUUCCGAUCCAAAAACCCCAACGCCACCGCCAUGUCCCUUAUAGCAGGCUCCUACGAACGUUUCAUUUGGGGUUUCAAACUAAAACCCUUAACCCACGACCCUUCUUCUCAAUCCCUUGCUCUUACCCAACUCUUCUCCUACCCGUCCCACAUCGCCCCCAUAACCACCGUAGCCGCCGCCGGUCCGGCCGCUGCAUCCGGCUCCUCCGAUGAUACCAUCCACAUCUACGACCUCUCCUCCGCCGCUUCCCUUGGUCCUCUUCACCACUUUUCCUCUUCCAUCACUUCCCUCUCCUUCUACUCCCCUCCGAACCUGUCCUUCCCUCGCAACCUCAUCUCGGCGUCUGCUGAUGGCUCCAUCUCCAUCUUUGACACCGAACCCUUUGUUCUUCUCAAGUCCUUCAGGUCCCAUAAAAAGGGUAUCAAUGAUUUGGCUGUUCAUCCUUCUGGGAAGCUUGCUUUGAGUGUUUCGCGUGAUGGGUGUUUGGCUAUGUCGAAUUUGAUGAGAGGGAAAAGGAGCUUUUGUUGUAGGUUGGGAAAAGAAGCGACGAUCGUUAAAUUUGAUGGCAGUGGAGAGAGGUUUUUUAUGGUUUCUGAGGAGAAAAUUGGAGUUCAUUUGGCUGAAGAUGCUAGGUUGUUGUUUGAGUUGGAGAAUGAAAAACGAGUUCUUUGUGCUGCUCCUGGAGAGAGUGGAAUUUUAUAUACUGGUGGUGAGAGCCGUAGUAUUACAGCAUGGGACACAAACAGUGGUAAGGUUGCUUAUUGCAUUGAGGAUGCACAUUCUACCCGUGUAAAAGGAAUUGUUGUGCUGACCAAAGAUGGCGGUGUUGAUGAUGAUCCAUAUUUAGUGGCAUCUGCAUCAUCUGAUGGAUUUAUACGUGCUUGGGAUGUUCGCAUGGCCAUCAAGGGGAAGCCAAAUCCAUUGGCUGAGGCUAAUACAAAGUCCAGGCUGACUUGUCUUGCUGGAUCAUCUGUCAAAUCUUCUAAACGACCACAGAUUGGGAAUAGUGCUCCUAAGGAAGAGGAGGAUGUGGCAGAAGAAGUAUAACAAAUUGUGCAAGUGAACUUGACCACAUAGAGGGGGUUUAAGACAAGUUGUGUAAGUGAACUUGACCACACAGAAGCGGUUUAAGAGUUCUCUCAUGGUUGCUGAAAAGCUCCUGUCAGUAUUGGGCCUUUUUGAUCCAACGAAUUAAUUUUGACAAUUCAUCAUUCUGUUCAUAUUGAUUUUGAAUCUUAUGUUGUAUCAUUUUAAUUUUAGCUAAACCUUAUAAGCAAAUUUUCCAUUAUUUAUAUGCA